AUGGCGACUUCUAAUGUCAUGAAAUCUUGUGCUUCUAAAUUGACCAAAGCAGAGAAAAAGGCUUUAAGAAAGCAAACAAGACUGGUGAAUUCUCUUCGCAGACACAAUGCCGAUUUAGCAAGCAUAUCAGAAAUACCUACUCGCCAUUUGAUGAUUGGAAAUGGAGGGUUAAUGUGUGGUAUACAACGUAGUCAGCUCGUGAGCUUGUUCCAGAAGUUUGGCAACAUAGAACGAAUUUUAAUGUUUCCGGGCCGAUCAUUUUCAUUUCUGUCGUUUGAAUAUGUCAAUGAAUCGAUGAAAGCCAUGAAGGCGCUACAUGGACGCGUCUUGGAUUGCCCUUCAGAAUUCCCAAGACCCGAAGUGACGUUUUAUCUUUCCUUCCUUGCAAGUGUACCUGAUGACGUCUCCAUUGAGAAUCAGGCUAAGCCGUCUGGCCUCGUUUUGGUGGAAGAUUUUGUCAAUGAUGCAGAAGAAGGAGAACUGAUCAAAGCUCUAGGGUGGGGUAGUGACAGCUGUGAUAGUGAAUAUCAGGGAACAGGUAUUUCUUUACAGUGUACAGCAAUUCACUUGGUUGUGAACUCAUUCACCCACCCCCUCCCAUCCCCCUCCACACCACAAGUUUGGCCCAGAGUUGCAUGGCAAGCUGCACCUAAGAUAUAUAGUGUGCACCACACAUGUAUGUCUCUUUUUAUGUUCACUGUUGAAUGGAUCUAUGAUAACCUUAGAACGUUUAGGUUGAAACUUGCAAGGCAAACUCAAAGUUCAAACUCAAAAACAGUCAAAACCACAGUAAAACAGCAUGCAAGCUAGUGUUUCGGUUUAAGUUGGCCAUUUACCUGUGAAUCAUUAGUGAAUAAAAAUAGAUCCAUUUUAUAAAUUCCCUUAAUUUACAAUGAUAUUAUUAUUCUUGAAAGUGGUCACAUUGUGUAUACUUGAUGCUGAAGACAAACAAUACAACCAGGGUAGUUAUGCAUCAAGGGUAUAGCAAUCUUUCAGUUUUUCAUUGUUAGGAGUUAAUCAUGGGGUAUAGUUUAAAACAUGGCUUUACAUUUCUACAGCAAAUCAGCAGCUUCGUCACAGAAGAGUCAAACAUUUUGGUUAUGAGUUCUUGUAUGGGACCAACAAUGUGGACAAAUCAAAUCCUUUGCAUGAUGGCAUUCCUAGUGUUUGUGAUGUCACACUUGAACGUAUCCAGCAGCAUGUAGCAUUCAGACCUGACCAAAUGACUGUGAAUGAGUACAAACCAGGGCAAGGUAGGCAAAAUCUUUUAACCUUAAUACUCAGCGUGCGUGUUCUCCCUAUCUGUACACCUCUUUCUUUACACUCUGUUCCCACUCUCCCUGUUUUUUGUUCAUUUUCGGGACUAAGGAGCCUGGCUGUUUUUCCUACACAAUUAUGGUUGCAGUUUACACAAUUAAAAUGGUAAUUACAUUGUAAUUUUGUAAAGUCGUUGUAUUAUCUUUGAUUUGCAACAGUUUUUUUGUGAGGUUUUUAAUUGGAUUGUGAUAAACGUGGAGUCCAUGUUAGUUGACCAUUUUAAGGUCAUGUGAUCACUUUAGGCAUAAUCAAACAGAUUGAUAAAGGCUGAGCAAUUCACUUGAAGUAUUUCAGGUUAAAUUUAUAAUGUUUCCAGUCAAAUCCUUUUGAAUUAUGUAAUGGAAUGUGAAAUGAAAUUUUUGGCUUAGUUUAGUGUGAUUUGUAAACAAUAAAUGUUGCCCUUUCCUUCUGCUCCCUCCAGUAGAUUGGUCAGAGUUGAACAUCACUGACUUUUCUUUAUAUUUAUUGUCUCAAAAUUAAAAAAAAAACUAUGCUGAGCAGAAACGUUUUGACAAGAAAUGCUUUUACUUUGUUUAAAGGUAUUCCUCCUCACAUAGACACCCAUUCAGCUUUUGAAGAUGGGAUUGCUUCAGUUAGUCUUGGCUCACAGGUAAUAAUGUAUUUGUUAUGGUGGAAGCUCUCGUAAUGGAUACUCUGGUAAGAGGACAGCUCUACUGAUGGCCACCUUCACAAAACCCCGUUUUACUCAACUCCCAUACAAAUUCUCUAUUUUUACAUUGUCGUAAGCAGCCAGCUCCAGGUACGAACACCUUUUGCGCGUCUCGAGGGUGUCCGCUUUCUAGAGCUUCCACUGUAAUUAAUUUUUCCCUAUCUUUCUCUUCCUUUAUUCAUUUUUGUGACUUUCUUAGGUGACAAUGGAAUUCCGUCAUCCUGAUGGUCGCCAUGUACCAGUUAUUUUACCCAGAAGAAGUUUGCUUGUGAUGACAGGAGAAAGUCGGUACCUUUGGAGUCAUGGGUAAGAUAUCAAAUCGUUUCACCCUAAGUUUGAUCUCUCAAUUCGCUUGGGGUGUAUUUGCCGUUUUUUAAGCCUUAAAGGGAAUAAGCAUGAAAAGAUAGUAACUGCUCAUAUGGAAUCCAAGCAUAACUAAAACAACAUUUCUGGUAAGUAUGUUAACCCUUUCACUGCCAAAUGUGGCUAAAGGCAAAUUUCCACCAAAUUUGCAAAUUUCAUUGUCUAAAAUUUUGACAAACAAAUAGCAACAUUUGAAAGUACGGGCAGAGAGGUUUCAUUUGAAUGGUGACAUCAUUGGAUUUCGUCCAUAGACUCAAAAGUUAGAGUCACCUUCCAAAACUCCAUCAAACACUCUGGCAGUGAAAGGGUUAAGUGUGUCGAAAAUCAUUAUGUCACGGGGCAAAUCAACUUAACUCCGGGCAAAACGCCAUUUUGCGAAUUGAUUUUUGGGUGAAAUGACCGCAAUUCUUUGGUAAGAUAAAAUCUCACCAUUUAGUCCAGCGUAAGUUAUUGGCAGUUAAAGUCCAAUGUUCAACAUUUUUGAGGGAAAAGAUUUGUUAAAGAUUAAAAGGAACUUGGACACUAUUAAGCUGAGAAAUUUUUUGCUUUAGAAACUUUUCGAAACUUAUUUUUAGAACGGAAAUUUCACUUUCAAACAUUGCGGUAAAUUUUGGACUUUCCAGAUAAAUUGUUCAAGAUACCAGUCUGGAUCACUGAAGUAAUAUUAUUAUUGUAUUGGCUCACGAAAUGCAUAAAUUCUAUACUGUUUUAUGAUAACUAGGAUAUCGUCUCCCUGCUACCCAAACAGGGGGUUGUUUUUACUCCUUAUCCCCGAUUUGCUAAAUAUUCAGCAGUGUUAAAAAUUCGUGCUUCGUAAGAAUAGUUGUAACGAAAUCCCUCCUGUGUUUUUAGCCUCUUAUGAGCUUGGACUGAUGCACGUGAUAUUCUGUCUGUCCUAUAUUGCUUAGAAUAAAAAAAAUGUAUGACAAAGUGUCUCUUAAGAUCUGACGUGAUUUCUUUUCAGUAUAACACCACGAAAACACGAUAUCAUUUACGACAAACAAAGCACAUCGAGCAAGGGAGCUGAUAUCAGUGAAAACGUCAGGGAUGGUUGUACCUCCAAUGAAGGAGCCGAGACGGGGACAACCCUGUUUGAAAGAGAAACAAGGAUAUCCCUAACUUGGCGGAAGAUUCGCCAUACUCCAUGUAACUGCAGCUUUCUGUCUCAGUGUGAUUCGCAAACUGAGAAUAAGAGUUCAUCUCAGGUUCCUCCAGCGUCUGAUGUUCCGAAGUCUGAAGUAGAAGCAGAAAAUCUAGAGAAGCUUCAUGUUCAUGAAGUUUACGAGAAGAUUGCACCGCAUUUUAGCGAUACACGCCACAGCCCAUGGCCGAGGGUAGCGGAUUUUCUCCGACAGCAACCCGUGGGAAGUCUUGUGGCUGAUGUUGGCUGCGGAAAUGGAAAAUAUCUCGGAAUAAACGACAACAUAUUCAAAACUGGCUCUGACAGAAGUCUUAACCUUGCUGCCAUCUGUAGAGAGCGAGGAUUUUCUGUGAUUGUGUGCGACAUUUUAUCGUUGCCAUACAGGUAGAGCAGGAUUAGUUGAAGAGGAUUAAACGUCCAUGUAACGAGACUUGAGCCACCCUUUAGGUUUUAAGUGAAGGAGUCGGAUAAAACGUGUUACGUGGAGCACCUAAAACAUUAGCCUGCUUAGCCGGCGCUUUUUGUUAGUGUCUCCGUCGCGCCAAGCGCUCGCUACGCAGACUAGGCGAAUGUUGUCUGUUUGCAGUCUGCUGUGUCAUUGUACCCCCACCCACCCCCUCUUGGAUAGAAUGGGAAUGUGUUGGGAAUUGAAGAGAAAACACGUUACCGAGGGUUGGCAGUGAAUGCAGAGCUAUUAAUAUUUAUUGGUCCCCUAGGCACGGGUAGUAGGCGGAGAAAGGCUUCCAUAACCCGUCACGGCGUUUUCGCAGACUAGUUCAAUUUUUAAACGAAGGGGUAAGCUUAAAAAAAAAUACAGAGCUGGGUCGGUGGGCGAGUGAUAAUAAUUUGAUUUCAUGAAAUCAAUGAGUUGAUAAGGUCAAUUUAACACCGUGAAUAUAUUCAGAGGCUGAUGAUUUUAGCGUCAACCCAUCGCGAAUACAAAGGGCUCUGAAGAAAAACUAACUUUUAGGACGCCGGCUUUUGAAUCUUUUCACAGUGUUAAAACCAAGUCUAAGUUUAUUUUAGUUUGAAUUUUCAGCAAAUUUACACUAUCGCACAAGUCCCACAAACCAGGCAUUAAAAGGAAAAAAAAAACCGGAAAAUGUUAUUUUUGACUUGUUAAUGACGUUCAGUUUCCUUUCUAUUAAAAUUAUAUUGUACUACGGAUACGCACACGUACUGAGUAGAGCUUACAUUUCCGCGGAAAGUACUCCAAAAUAUUCCCAAAAAUAACUUAGUCCAUGAAUAUAAACAUUAAUAACAAAACAGCAAAGACAAAAGCGACUUGAGGUUUCCCGAUAUUUCGGACUGACAAGCCGUCCUUUUUGAGGGGAUUUAAUGAAGAAACGGGAAGUUGCUAAGAUUAGUAUGGGAGUUUUACGCCCUAUGAGCUCAUGAUGAAGUGGGGGACGUUGCAAACCCUUUUUCUGUGUUAGGCUGAUUUAUAUGAUUUUUUUUUCAGGUCAAACGCUUUUGAUGUUUGUCUGUGUAUCGCCGUGCUGCAUCAUCUCUCGACACCUGAACGACGUCUGGCAGGUGUCAAGGAACUGGUACGAGUCACACGGCCGGGUGGACUGGUGCUAGUUUACGUCUGGGCCUUGGAACAAGAGGCAAAGAAGGUGAAAAAGUCAGAUUUAAAGGAAGUGGAAUUCACAGCAAAAGAUUAUCCAAAACGAAACGGAAACAAGGGCGGUAGCUUAAAAGAUGAUGACGUUUCAGAAAAACUUCUAACGAGGACAGAAAACUUCUCAAGCAGUUCCGAAAAUUCGACUGAUUGUUAUUUCUCAAGGCUGCGGGUUAAUGCCAGUCGAGAAGCGUUUGAGCAGCAAGAUUUGUUUGUACCAUGGAAAUAUAGUGGACCAGGCAAACAGCAAGAGAAACAGGAAAGGGCAAAGGGAAAGAAAGAUGAUGACGUCACAGAAGGUCACGUGUUUCACCGAUACUAUCACGUGUUCCAAGAUGGCGAGCUUUGGGAACUUUGUAAUCAAGUCAGUGACGUAACAGUGGAGAAACUUUACUACGAUAAGGGAAAUUGGUGUGUAGUACUCAGAAAAGAACACAGAGACGAGGGGAAAUUAAAAAAUGAAACUUAG